AUGCAUCCUACAAACCUACAAACCUAUGAUGUAGACAUUUUCACAAUUAUGGAAGCUAACGUUUCGGAUGACAAACUGAAGUACUACCAAUUCCCAGGUUACACCCUGUACAAUCUACCUAAAUACCGGCAAGUUGCAAGUGGAAUUCUAACUGGAGUAAAAGAUGGCCUCACCUCGCACUACGACCAAAUCAAGAGUAUGGGCUCGACACAAGACAAAUGUGAAAUAAUCAGAUUAAAUGUUUGGAAAUGUCAAAACCACUUCAAGAUAUAUGCAGUCUAUAAUCCACCCCAGAAUUGUCCCAAAUUUGACAUUCUGAACAUCUCACACAAAACCAUAGUACAAGGAGACUUCAACGCCCACUCCACCAGAUGGGACUACAAGGAUACAAACAUAGCUGGAAAGGAAAUUGAAGACAUGCUAAACAGCAACACUCUGGAACUUAUUUACUGCAAUGAGGAUCCGGCUACAUAUUUGCUCUACAAUGGAACCAGAACAACUCCUGAUUUACUCUUGGCUUCAAGCGACAUCAGUGAGCAUACACACCGCAAAAUAAUUGACGAUCCUGGUUCUGGUCACAAACCAGUCAUUGCAAUCAUCUCCAUUGGCGAUUCUCCAACAUUUGGAAGGGCUCCCAUGGAUAGUCCAGCUGCAACUAAGGCAAAGAGGACUGAGAUGGAAGGCGAAAAAUAA